CAUAAUCGAGCUCCAAUCUAUGGUCGCCUGAUAAGGAACAGAGUAAAUGUGACCUCUUGAGAAAUUCUUUCAAAAUGGCGUGGAUCACUACUUAUAUUCUCCAUUUAUCUUUGGUCAUUGUUUUGUUAAAGGCGGAGUUCACCCCAACCAGCUUCUACCACUGCAACACCAACAACCAUUGUAACAACACCAACUUGUGCUGCUCCUACACACCCGCUCUGGGACGCCGCUCACCGUCCGACCGCCAGGUCCCACCAGACUGGGACGGGAUGGUACACUACUGCCUCCCCUGGAAAACGGAAGAGGCGCCCUGGUGCUCCCUCCGCCUCCAGUUCUCCCCAGAUGCCGAAUACUACACAGGACUGUGUCCAUGUGGCCCCGGGCUCAGGUGCGAACCCUCAGACGAGCUCGACCCUCACAGCUACCCGCCCUCCAGAUACGGGAAAUGUGUGACCGUGUAACAUGUAACAACCAAAAUGUCCCGACCAUCAUGUUGAAAGUGUAAGACGGGUAUCAGAAUAAAUAUGAAUCUUGACAAAAACAAUGUCUUUAGACUGUAUAUGCGCUGCCACCAAAUAGGAAAAGAAACCAAAGUUGGCUUAUUAAACUACUAGUUCCAAACAAUGCUACAUUUGAAUACGUUUUUAUGUUAAAUAUAACAUAAGGUUUAUAACAUAUAGUUGUUUAUCGCUUAAAGUGAUACUCUUAUUCAAAAUCAAUACAUACACAAGUAAAACAAACAUACAUUUUGAGUGAUACACACCCAACUACAUACUAAAUAAUGCACUUAUGGGAAAUAUUACUUACUAUUAACAAUAUGAUAUCCGUGUAUUUAAUAGCUGAAAACGCAAACAUAUUAAAUGAUUGGUGAAUGCUAAAAGAUUUACAGUGAUUUACUAUCGUCGCAUAGGGUAGAAAUACUGUGUUUUCUGCACCUUUCUUUCAAUUUAACUCAGUAUCCUUCAUAAGAACCAUAGUUAUUGACAUUUAUUUAUUCUUUUUGGUAUAUCUAAACAAUUGUAUUAAUUGUUGUUA